UCAGCGAACAAUCGGCCCUCAGUUAUUUAAUAGCAGCGCGAUCUCUCGCACGGCUCAGUCUGUUGUGAGAUCUUCUCAGACGCACACCUUAGCAGCGCGCUCUCUCUCUCGCUCGCUCUCUCUCUCAGAGCAACAAAUACUCUACAUCAUUUGCAGUUCCACUAAAUUUUAUUAGGAUUAUUUUUUCGUCAGCAAGAAAUAUAAAUAAUAUACGUCGUGAACAACGUGCUUCCGUGGUGAGAAUGUAAAUUGAUCUGUGGUUUAUUAAGAAACCAAAACAUCCAUCUCUUCAACACACCCCUUCACUUAUUUAUUCUCUGAUUGACUGAGAUGAGAACUGCUGAGGAGCCUUCUGGCACGGUCCUGCACCGUCUAAUCCAGGAGCACCUCCGUUACAGGAACUCCACAGACACCAGUACCCUUCUGGCCAUCCAGCAGCAGGCCCUGCGUGGAGGCAGCAACAGCAGCGGAGGAGGCGGUACCGGAUCACCCCGCUCCUCCCUGGAGAGCCUGACCCAGGAAGAGUCCCAGUUCAUCCACAUGUCCACCAGACAGGACCCCCAGGGACAGGAGUACAAGGGAGACUACAACCACUGUGAGAGUGACUCUGUGUGUCACCUCUACCAGCUCCACAGACACGGAGAGGAGUUGCCCACCUAUGAGGAGGCCAAGGCCCACUCUCAGUACCUGGCCUCGGUAGGGGCCCAGCAGGGUCAGCCUCAGCUUGGUCUGAGACCUGAGAUGACGGAUCACCAGGGAGAUGUCCACUGGGACCUGAAACGAAAGUACCUGGCCUCGGUAGGGGCCCAGCAGGGUCAGCCUCAGCUUGGUCUGAGACCUGAGAUGACGGAUCACCAGGGAGAUGUCCACUGGGACCUGAAACGGAAGUACCUGGCCUCGGUAGGGGCCCAGCAGGGUCAGCCUCAGCUUGGUCUGAGACCUGAGAUGACGGAUCACCAGGGAGAUGUCCACUGGGACCUGAAACGGAAGCACGCCCGGAGCCUCAGUGAGCGUCUCAUGCAGCUCUCCCUGGAGAGAUCAUGUGGAGACAUUCAGCCUCUCAGCUCCUCUCACAGUUACCCUCAACUGUCUAAUGGCCACUCUGGGCCUGUUGAACACCAGGGGACAGAGUUUCUCCAGUACCCUGAUCAGAGGGGACCUCCCCCAGACUACCCCUUCCUGGUCAAGCCUCCUGGAUACAUGCUCAGCCACUCACAGGAGACACACGGACACUACCACCAGGACCCUCCUCCCUCAUUCCAAUCACAGAACAGGUACGUACCUUCCCAGCCCCAGGCUGAACUGGUUCGACACAGUGUCCACAUGAGCCACAGCAACCCCAGUACUCACAACGACACUGCCCAAAUGGACCUGUUGAGGGAGAAUGAGAGACUAAGGAAAGAGUUGAAGGGGUACAGCGAGAAGGCUGCCAGACUUCAGAAGCUGGAAGUAGAGAUCCAGAGGAUAUCUGAGGCCUACGAGACCCUGAUGAAGGGCUCAGCCAAGAGAGAGACCCUGGAGAAAACCAUGAGGAACAAACUGGAGUCAGAGAUCAAGAGACUACACGACUUCAACAGAGACCUCAGAGAUCGUCUGGACACCGUUACCAAACAGCAAGUCGUCAAGGAGGAGGAAUCGGCAGACAAGAAACAGCAGGUCUUCACCAAACUCCUGGAACAAAAUGAGGAACAGCAGCGGGAGGUGCAGCGUCUGCGUGGUUCCGGGGAGGUUCUGGAGCAGGCCCUGGGGUCGGCACAGGCCCGUAACCUGGCCCUGGAGGAGGAGCUUAGGAGGAAGAGGGCGUACGUAGAGAAGGUAAAGCGGCUGCAGAGUUCCCUGGGCCAGCUACAGGCAGCCUGUGAGAAGAGAGAAGCCCUGGAACUGAGGCUGAGGACCAGGCUGGAGCAGGAGCUGAAGAGCCUCCGAUCAGCACAGUCCCACAGCACAGCUAGCGGUCCUGGCUCCCUGCCCUCUGCUGUGAGCUCCAUGGUGUCUGUACAGCAGCAGCUGGCUGAGAGAGAAGAGAGGAUCCUGGCUCUGGAGGCUGACAUCACACACUGGGAACAGAAGUACCUGGAGGAGAGCACCAUGAGGCAGUUCGCUAUGGACGCAGCCGCGACCGCCGCAGCUCAGAGAGACAGCAGCAUCAUCAAACACUCACCCAACAACAGCUUCAACGACCACCUGCCCACCAGCCACAGACAUCAGGAGAUGGAGAACAGGGUUCGAGCUCUACACUCCCAGCUCCUGGAGAAGGAUGCAGUGAUCAGGGUGUUACAGCAGCGGUCUGGACGGGAACAGAACAGGCUAGAGCAGCAGGCCCUCCGUCCAGCCAGGUCCGUCCCCUCCAUCAGCACCGAGCAGCAGGCCCUCCGUCCAGCCAGGUCCGUCCCCUCCAUCAGCACCGAGCAGCAGGCCCUCCGUCCAGCCAGGUCCGUUCCCUCCAUCAGCACCGAGCAGCAUUACCUCUGUCCAGCCAGGUCCGUCCCCUCCAUCAGCACCGAGCAGCAGGCCCUCCGUCCAGCCUGGUCUGUCCCCUCCAUCAGCACCGAGCAGCAUUACCUCCGUCCAGCCAGGUCCGUCCCCUCCAUCAGCACAGAGCAGCAGGCCCUCCGUCCUGCCAGGUCCGUCCCCUCCAUCAGCACCGAGCAGCAGGACCUCCGCCCUGCCAGGUCCAUCCCCUCCAUCAACACUGAUGGCCCAGUGGAGCAACCCACCCGGGGGAAAGGGUGGAGCCUCUCUGAUGACCAGACGGUUGCUGCAAUGUCUCCUCUCUCCCUGCCACCCCACCAACACCCCUGCGCCCCAUUGGCCCUGCCCGCCCUGUUGUUCCUGUCCAAGCCCCAGAGCAGGGACUGCAGCACCCAGUGUGACCGUGAUGUCCUAGCCCAGGAGACGGAUCUUACAGUGGAUCCCACCAGCAUGCUAGCACCCGCUGAGGCUUCCUCGACCUCGACACCUGCCUCCGGUGUGUAGCCAACUGUCUCAUAUUCUGAAAAUGUUUGUUGUGUGUGUGUAGAAACAGUACCGGGACCCAAAAAUGAGCACGGACACCUAUUUCAGUCACAUACAAUACAGAGAAAAUGACAUGUAUAGUGGAAUUACAACAGAACACAGGCUUUACACGAUGAUGCAAUAAUAAAAGUCCCUUUUUAUCUGUGCUGGUUGAAGUGUAACCAGAACCCAGGGUCACAGCAGACAGCCUGCAUCCCAAAUGGCACCCUUAAAGGCUCAGAGAGGGGACGUAGUGGACUUAUUCAUUCAUACCAGCCAGAGUUACAGCAUGUGUCUGUGUGUGUUGGCUAGAGUCACGGUUUAGUCAAGGCUGGUAGUUGCCCAAGUAGCGGACAUUACGUCUUGAUUGUAUUGUCAAACAUCACGGCUUGAUUGUCUUGUCAAACACCACGGCUUGAUUGUCUUGUCAAACACCACGGCUUGAUUGUCUUGACAAACAUUACGGCUUGAUUGUCUUGACAAACAUUACGGCUUGAUUGUCUUGACAAACAUCAUGGCUUGAUUGUCUUGUCAAACACCACGGCUUGAUUGUCUUGUCAAACACCACGGCUUGAUUGUCUUGACAAACAUUACGGCUUGAUUGUCUUGACAA